AGUGUGUGUGUGACUAGAGAGAGUGUGUGUGUGUGUGUGUGUGUCGCCUUAAGAGUUUACUAGUCGCACCAUGGCCUCACACACGCCUGCUCAAAGUUUGUGGCGCUCGGAAGUGAACAAAGUGGCCUAACAUGAAACAACAACGACUUACCGGACGACUCCCGAGUGGAGCGCAGUGAUUGAGGACUGUUGCGUUCAGGGACCAUGUGAGGACGCCGCUGGAGGAGGUAUGAACGCAGACAUUCGGGCUUCCUUCUCCAGUCUUCCUCGCCUGCCUUCGCUUCUGCGUCUUCGGGGAUGUGUACGAGUUGGCUUCGGGCCGUCCUGACGGUCCGUCUCGGCGCCCUGUUGCUGCUUCUCCUCCUCCUCGGCGCCCCGGGACUCGGCUCCGAGCUGAGGGUUCGGGUCCGGCUCGCCGACGGACUGGUGACCGAGGAGGUGUUGGAGGCGGACAGCGAGAGGGACGUUAUAUCCGUGGAGUUCAAGCAGGGGGAUGGCACCCUCGUCACCUUCUUGGCCGACUUCAAACAGGAAGUGAAAAUAUUCCAAUCGCUGAUCCUGGGCGAGCUGGAAAGAGGGCAGAACCAGUACCAGGCCCUGUGCUUCAUCUCUCGCCUCAACCGCAAUGAGAUCAUCCCCAGCGAGUCCAUGGCGCGCCUCAGACAGAAAAACCCCCACGCCAUCCGCCUGGCAGAGGAGCGGCGAGGCCUGGAGCAGCUGACCAUGAGCGCGGCGGUCAAUCUGAGUCGGGCCUGGCAGCUGAGCAGCCACAUCCACAACAUGUGCAGCGAGGCCAGAGAGGCCAUCUACACCCGGGAGGCUGACGUCAAGCACUGGCUGGACAAAGGCGUGGACGGCUCCGUAUUCGAGGCGCUGCCGCACACGGCCGAGGCGCCCCACCUGCAGGCCUGCCACGCCACCAAGGACGUGUGGCAGCCCUGCCUCUGCACGUACGGCCUCCGCCUGGAGUGGUACCCGUGUCUCCUCAAGUACUGCCGCAGCCGGGACCACGCGGGCCGGGGGUCCACGUACAAGUGCGGCAUCAAGAGCUGCAGCAAGGGCUACCACUUCACUUACUACGUCCCCCACAAACAGCUCUGCUUAUGGGACGAGGACACCUAACCUCCGCUGAAAGCAGGCCGGACAAAAAAAACGUCACUGUGAUUAAAGACAAGCGGCCUUUACUUCUGGGGCGGAAAACAAACAAACUCACAUGUUGGAUUUAUUUAUUUUUGCUGGACUUUUUCAAAUGUUUUUCAUAAACAAACCGCCAGUCGUCAAACAAUGUGAUUUCAAUUGUUUGUUGGGGUGUCAAGUAAACCAAAGUCCAAAGCAAAAAGUUGUCAGUGGGCGGGUGUCAUCUUUCCUUCUGUCUGCAGGAAGAAACAAAAAGCGCCUAUUCAGGCAGGCGGUGGUUCCUACACUGCCCUCUUGUGGUCCAUUUGUAGCAUUUCUUUUUAAUUUAUGCAGCUCAAAGACUGUGAUCCACCUUCUGGAACACACCCGGACCAAAUAGAGCAGAACCAACUACGGCCUUAGCUGAGGAAGUGCCUCGAUCUUCUUGAAAGAACCUACGCACGGAUUUGUACCUCAAAACAUGGACUUUUUCAAGAGUUAAUAAACGUUUCAAUUUUC